AUGUGGAAUAUACAAUCAGUCUCAUUGAUUCUCCUCUCCAUAAUCUAUAUUCCUAUUAUUUCCUGCUAUAAAAACGAUUAUCAUCGAGAAAAAAGUCGGCAAACUCAUUAUACAGUGGAGAAUAUUAUCAAAAUCAAAUGUUUUCAAUGCAAUCAACCAUAUGAUUGUAUGACUGGAUUGUGUUGGGGUGAUAUUUGUGUUAAAUCACAAGUUAAUGCUGGAUAUGUUAGUAAAGGUUGCGAGAAUUUUACGUGAGUUUUUUUAUUUCAAAAAAUUUGGAAUAAAUUUUCAGAGGUUCAGAAACAAUUUUGGAAAAAUUAAAACCAUUUUGAGAUUAAAAAAUCACUGAAGUUUGUUUUGAAACAAAAAUCAAAAAUUAAUAGGUUACUGUAUUUUACUGAAACUCACCAUUGCUCAUUUUAUAAUCAAAAGAAAAGAGAUAUUAUUAUUAUUUCCCAGAAAAAAUACGUUUCAAAAUGUUCAUUUUAAUCUAACUAGAUUUUUGGUAGUAUUACACAACUCGCUCAAUUAUGUUUUGCAGAACAUCAGUUGGACUCUACGAACCACAUCUAAAGCAAAAACAAUAUUGUCGAGAGGAAGAGGUUUGUACAACUAAUUAUGAGUUUGAAAAUUCCCCCUAAAAUGCCAUAAACCCAAUAAUUUUCGAAAGUUCGAGUUCCAUUCUAAAAUUAAUUCCAGGUUCUCGGUGCUCCAACAAUAAAUUGUUUUUGUCGUGAUCAAGAUUUCUGCAAUUCCACAUCAUCAAAUUUUUCGAUAAUUCUAAUUAUUCUUCUUCUUCUUCUCAUUUCAAUACGGUUAUAG